CACAGCUCCAAGCAGAGAGACGGCGUCUGAGGCGUACUCAACCGUUAUGGCUAAAUCUGCCGUCCGUGGCGUGGAGUUACUUGCGAUGGCGUGUUUCGGCGUGCGGCAGCCAAAGGGAUCCUAACGAAGCACGGGAUGCUGUGCAGCAUUACAGAAGAGGGAGGAAGAGGGAACCGGCAGGCGGCGAGAGCAAAUGGCUUCUCCGGUGUUGUCUUUAACAAGGGAUGGUGAGAAGCAACCGCAUCCCCCCACCGUCCUUGAGCGCCUCUCCGCUGUGCUGCACGUCCGCAAGCAAAGUGAAUCAACAGGAGGGGGCUCCCUCGGGGACGCCGGCUGUAACCCGGCCCGGAGCUGCCAUGACCGGUGUCAUUCAGCUGCGAGGCGCUCGGAGGUCAAACUGCGCCCUCUUGGGGAGGAGAAAGUGCGCGUCUGCUGCGACGAGGAAUUGGAGACAUCGUUCACCUACAUAGAUGAGAAUGUCAACCUGGCGAUUGGUAGCCCAGAGACGAGCUGUAAAAGUUCUCAUAGAACCGGGCGCAACUGCGAGCCAUGCUCAGAGACGCUACCAGAAUUUUCUUUCAUGUCUGAGGAUGAGCUUUCCUUUGGGGAGGCCUCAGGCUCCUCAGUGGACUACUGGUUUAUUAGUGCAGUCACGUUUUUGGUGACAGGCAUCUCGUUGGUGAUCAUCUCCUACGCUGUGCCCCGGAAUGUGGUCGUGGACAGGGACAGUGUCUCGGCCAGGGAGAUGGAGAGAAUGGAACUGGAAAGGGCACGCAUUGGAGCUCACCUGGACCGGUGCGUCAUAGCAGGAUUGUGCUUGCUGACUCUGGGAGGGGUUGUGCUUUCCACUCUGCUUAUGAUCUCCAUGUGGAAAGGAGAGAUGUACAGGAGGAAAGUCAUUGCUUAUUCUAAACGUUCCGCCAAACUGUAUGGCUCCAUUAGCCUGAAAACUAAAUCCAGUCCCAGUCACUCCUCUGCACACUUGUCCCUGGAGGAUAUAGUGGAAAGUCUGAACUAGCAACAUACAGUUUUGAGUCAAACGAUGAGCUUCACACAAAUUGUCAUCACUUCUUCACUUGUGCACAUUGGAUGUCCAAGUAUGCACUAUUUUAGUUUACGCUGUCCACUUUCAGAAAAAAGGGCACUUCUAUUCCUCAUAUGUCGGGUGUGAGCAGAGCUGGAGAGCCAAUGCCAGCUGAAGUUGGAGUCCAUCCCAUGUCUGGCCAAUCGCAAUGGUUUAGUCCAAAUUAAUGGCAUUCAUUUACAUAUUAUUUUCAUAUAAAGGGUUUAAAAAGAGUUAUGCUUCACAAUAAUGCCUACAUGACAUGCCAAAUCAGCACCUCCAGAACAUAUUGUCAUCCUCCGAGAAUAAAGGCAGAAGUCUUUUUUUUUAGCUUUUCCAGAAAAGGUGGAAAAACUGAACCAAAUUCUGAAUUAGAUUUAUUAAUAAUUAAAUUUCAGGGUUAUGGAUAAUAGAUGCCAGCCUGAGUUGUACCUUCUAUUUACCUUCUACAGCAAUGCAGAUGUUCUAACAAUUAGACCGUUAAAAAUAUUUUGGUGCUUUUAUUUUAAAUCUGUUGUGAUGGUGUGUAAACAUUAAGUCUUAAACAUUGUUGCCAUUGUUCACAUACGUCUGAAUCUAACGGCACACAAAAACUAUUUACAAACCACAAAGUAUUACUUUAAAAGAGGUGCAGCUCUGGUUUAUUAAAUUUUCAAGCUAAAAAUUAUACGUCUAAUUUACUGUUCAUAUGUGGCACUAUGGUGGAGAGCCAGAUUUAGAGUGACACCCACAGCAUAUUCCCAUUUUCAUGCUUGUAAUCGAAGAGCUUUUUUAUAUGUUCGACCAAAAAUGAUAUAUAAAUAUACUAUUAUUAAGUACUGCCUUUAUUGGGGGAUAAAAUGACUUGCAAGUAUGGUACUGCAAUACCAAUCCUUGUUUUCUUUGCCAAUCUUUCUUUUAUAGUUUGACUCGAACAACUUAGCCUUAUGGAGAACAUUGAAAAUGAAUAAUUUAAGGGCUAGACAUGAACUCCUAUUAUAUCCUUAUUUCUGACAGUGGACAGAGUUUACUGAGCAGCCGUGUUCCAAAUAAACACUUCACAGUAGUUAAAUACUGCAUUUCCUCCAAAGUGGUUGAGGCCAUUUAUUUACUGUAUGGCAGCCAGAUGGAGGUUUACUUGUUCAAAUAUUGUGUAAUCCAUGCAAACAAGGUUACAGUAAAGAUAAUUAGAGCUACUGUUUUACCACAUAUUUGUAUUUAUAAGUGGAGAGAAAGGAGGCGUUGGUUAUUUCAAGUGGAUGGCACAGUCUUAUAGAGCAGAUGCUUGCAUUUUGAUGGUGUACGGUCAAAAACUGUACUAUUACAUUGAUCAUCAACAACACACACUGAACCCUAUCUUACAACAUUAUUGGAGCAUGCUAACAGCUUUAUCAACAUACACUUGAAUGCCUUUUUGGGUCCACUGGAAAUCUGGGAGAGCUUCUAUUUACUAUUAAGGCUAUUCAUUUUUAAUGUGAAGAUUCUGAACCGCAAAGUCAUACGCAGACAUAUUUCAGGAAGUAGCCAGAGUCCCUAGAGUGGAGGUGAGUCGGGCUUCUAAGAGGUCUACUCACUCUGUGGAACCUUCUGCUCAGUGGUGUGCAUGGUAAUAUCUAGUGACAGUCCCUCUGUGGUGCACUGCAGAGGUAAGCUAGUAAGCCCAGCUUUGUGCAUCUGAGCCAAAGCUCCAAGUCGCUUUGACUGAACUCAGCAAUUUGACUGCAAUGGACAGUCAUGUCAUGCACGGUGCACAUUCCUCUGUCUUGAGCUUGUGAGCUUCACUUUAUAAUCGAGCGUUUUAUGCUUUCUGGAUAAUACAUCAUUGUCUUUAGCCCUUUAUCACUGCAAGGCUGGAUGAUAUGACAGGCUAAGUAUCAUUUGAAGCUGAUAAGCAUUUUCCCUCAGCGGAAUCUGUCUCUGUCUUCUUUUCACUUGUCCACACUAGAAUGGCAAUAUAAAUCGACUUAAGGAAUGGCUGAGUAUAUGUAAGCUUACAUAUACAAUUUGGUAAAAUAAAAAAUAUCAGAAUAAUUUGUUGAGUGUUGUUGAUGGCAGUGAUAUUCUGUGUAAAAACACAAUCACAAGAUCAUGAUUUCAAGUAAAACAAAUACUUUGGUUCAGAUGAGGAACAUGUUACUCACUCACCCACCCUUUCAGAUUUAAAUAAUCAUGUAAUUUCACUGAUUUGAGGACAUUUUCAGAUGAAGAAAUUGUAAUUACACAGUACACACAUUUUCUCUGUUCCUUGGGAUGCUGCUGAAAUGGUAGCAUUCAUGCGUGCCAGCAGAAAAUAAAGAA